AUGAAGAUAGCCGUCAUCUUAAUUCUGGUGGGUUUCAUCAUUGUAGGGAUGACCACUGCCUGUGAUCUGUCUUCUCCCAAACCAUUCAAAAAGCCUGGAACUUGUCCCAAGGUGCCAACAGGAGGUUUUGGAAAUCAUGUUAAUGAAUGUUCAGGAGAUGAAUCAUGUCCCUAUGACCAGAAGUGCUGCAAUAUUCGCCAUCGCCCAGCCAGAGCCAACAUGAAGACAGCCUCAGUCUUGCUUCUGGUGGCUUUGAUCGCCGUGGGAAUGAACAUUACCUAUGCUCGGUUUUCUCCCACAAAAUUAGAAAAACCUGGAAAGUGUCCCAAGAAUCCCCCAAGAACUAUUGGCACUUGUGUUGAAUUAUGCUCAGGAGAUCAAUCGUGCCCCAACAUACAGAAGUGCUGUUCCAAUGGCUGUGGUCAUGUUUGCAAACAUCCUGUCUUUUAAGUUACUAACAGCGAUGUGGAAUAUGGAUUUGAUCUUCAUAAGCACGACUGAUAGCCAGCCCCAGAAGAUUUCUUCUGAACCCCUAGAGCCCGUGCUUGGCUCCUCCCUUGUCCUAGAAUUGCAUCCUUGGAAGAGGAAGAUCUAUACUGUGAUGACAGCUUCCUAAUGUGUUUGUGUCCACAAAUAAACUCUCCUUAGCAUUC